CUUUCAAAGUGCUAGGAUUACAAGAGUGAGCCACCAUGCCUGGCCUUCUCCCAUCAAUUCUUAGCUGGCCUUCAAAGCCCAUCUCAAAGCCUGCCUUCUCAGCAAACCUCCCCCCAGCCCCAAGCCCCUUAGGGUGAGUCACCGCUGGCCCGGAAUGCUGGCUCCCCUCUUCCCAGGUGUUUCGAUCUGCCUCACCGGAUCUGUAAGCUCCCUGAGGGUAGGCUCUGCGCCCUUUACUUAUUUGUGCCCUUGUUAAGCCCCACCUACACCCACAUAUUCCAAGCUCAUCAGAUUCUUGAAAUAAUGGCUUUUUAUUAAAGCAGACAUAAGUGGGUUUCAGGAGCAUUUAUAUUCCCAGCUUGGUCUUGGGUACAAAGAAACGGAGGACUUCACCCUUGACUCCUUCACCUGAAACCCAAGCUACCUCAGCUGUUUCCUACCUCUCAGCUUAUCCUAGGGAAACUCAAAGGUAGGGGCGGAGUGAUUUGCUGGCCCAGGGUCCCUGGGGCACAGCGAUGUCUAACUCCAGGGGAUGUCCAUGGUCCCUAUCUCUAGACUCUCCAGAGAUUCUGGUUCUCGUCCUGCCCGGAUGCUCACCCUAGGGCAGUAUGAAAAGUUUUUCCAUCUCCAGCAGAGGACUCUGAGGGAAGGGAUUGGGAACUCUCUUUGGCUUCCACUCUCUGGUAGGGCAAGUGUUAAUGGUGAAUUGCAACAUAUCUCUUGGCUGAGUCACCUCCCUCUGCCUCUCCCCACAAUUCCCCUCAGCUGUUAUAAAGAGGACCAGAGGCUGGAGAGUAAAAAGAACUGGAGGAAAGAGUCCCUCUGCCUAGCAUUGCUUCCCCCAGGCUCCCAGAAAUCUCAGGUCAGAGGGCACAGACAGCCUCUGGAGCUCUUGUCUGGUGGGACCAUGAACUGGCAGCAGCUGUGGCUGGGCUUCCUACUCCCCAUGACAGUCUCAGGUCGGGUCCUGGGGCUUGCAGAGGAGAUGGCUGUGGAGUACCUGUCGCAAUAUGGGUACCUACAGAAGCCUCUAGAAGGAUCUAAUAACUUCAAGCCAGAAGAUAUCACCGAGGCUCUGAGAGCUUUUCAGGAAGCAUCUGAACUUCCAGUCUCAGGUCAGCUGGAUGAUGCCACAAGGGCCCGCAUGAAGCAGCCUCGUUGUGGCCUAGAGGAUCCCUUCAACCAGAAGACCCUUAAAUACCUGUUGCUGGGCCGCUGGAGAAAGAAGCACUUGACUUUCCGCAUCUUGAACCUGCCCUCCACCCUUCCAUCCCACACAGCCUGGGCAGCCCUGCGUCAAGCCUUCCAGGACUGGAGCAAUGUGGCUCCCUUGACCUUCUGAGAGGUGCAGACUGGUGGGGCUGACAUCCGCCUCUCCUUCCAUGGCCGCCAAAGCUUGUACUGUUCCAAUUCUUUUGAUGGGCCUGGGAGAGUCCUGGCCCAUGCCGACAUCCCAGAGCUGGGCAGUGUGCACUUCGAUGAAGACGAGUUCUGGACUGAGGGGACCUACCGCGGGGUGAACCUGCGCAUCAUUGCAGCCCAUGAAGUGGGCCAUGCCCUGGGGCUGGGGCACUCCCGAUAUUCCCAGGCCCUCAUGGCCCCAGUCUACCAGGGCUACCAGCCCCACUUCAAGCUACACCCAGAUGAUGUGGCAGGCAUCCAGGCUCUCUAUGGCAAGAAGAGUCCAGUGAUAAAGGAUGAGGAAGAAGAAGAGACAGAGCUGCCCACUGUGUCCCCAGUGCCCACAGAACCCAGUCCCAUGCCAGACCCCUGCAGUAGUGAACUGGAUGCCAUGAUGCUGGGGCCCCGUGGGACGACCUGUGCUUUCAAGGGGGACUACGUGUGGACUGUAUCAGAUUCAGGACCAGGCCCCUUGUUCUGAGUGUCUGCCCUUUGGGAGGGGCUCCCCGGAAACCUAGAUGCUGCUGUCUAUUCGCCUCGAACACAAUGGAUUCACUUCUUUAAGGGAGACAAGGUGUGGCGCUACGUUAAUUUCAAGAUGUCUCCUGGCUUCCCCAAGAAGCUGAAUAGGGUAGAACCUAACCUGGAUGCAGCUUUCUAUUGGCCUCUCAACCAAAAGGUGUUCCUCUUUAAGGGCUCCGGGUACUGGCAGUGGGACGAGCUGGCCCGAACUGACUUCAGCAGCUACCCCAAACCAAUCAAGGGUUUGUUUACGGGAGUACCAAACCAGCCUUCAGCUGCUACGAGUUGGCAAGAUGGCCGAGUCUUCUUCUUCAAAGGCAAAGUCUACUGGCGCCUCAACCAGCAGCUUCGAGUAGAGAAAGGCUAUCCCAGAAAUAUUGCCCACAACUGGACGCACUGUCGUCCCCAGACUGUAGACACUACCCCAUCAGGUGGGGAUACCACUCCUUCAGGUAUGGGCACAACUUUGGAUACCACUCUCUCAGCCACAGAUACCACAUUUGAAUACUGACUGCUCACCCACAGACACAAUCUUGGACAUUACGCCCUCAGGCUCCACCACCCACCCUUUCAUUCCCUCCCAGAGGCCUAAUACCUGAAUGAAAUACCUGUCUGCUCAGUUGAACCUCGCAGGUGCUGUAGCAGGGGCAUGACUGUAGAACUCAGGCCUCUAACAGUUCCAGCUCCAGCCACCACUCUCCUGUGCUCUUUCAAUCCUGAGAAGUGCUCCCCUAACUCAGAUUUGACCCCCAACUCCAUUUCCUGUCUGUCUUAGACAGCCCUUCCAACUGUGUCAUCUCUUUUCUGGAGGUCAAUGGUGGAGGCAGAUGCCUGGGUCCUGUUCUUCUUACAUAAAAUGCAAGAAAACAGCAUGGCCACUAAACUGAGCAAGGGCCUUGGAAUCCUUGAGAAUCACAUUUACGUGCUUAUGGUUAUGGGCAAGCUAAUUAACCUUGUUGAACCUCAGAUUCCCCAUUUGCAACAUUAGGUUAAGACCAGUCCUGCAGGGUUGUUGCACUAAAUGAAAUACUGUAUGUGAAGUGCCUGGCACAGUGUCUGGUACAUUUGUGUUUAAUAAAGGCUAACUCUAUGUUCAUAAGAGAGGACUGAACAGCU